AUGGACACCCUCCCUGUUGAGAUUCUAGCUCGGAUUUACUGUUUCUGCAAUCUCGAAACCGCUGUGGCUCUCAGCCAGACGAAUCGAGCAACUUGGUCCACCUGGUGCGACCUGGAUGUUAGCCUUGCACAACCACUGGUGCUUGAACGGGUACCUUGGUUUACUCUCAACGAGUCCGGAACCGGUCUGACAACGUGGACCAGAUGUGCAUUGGCUAUAGUUUCACGAACUCGUGCGACGAAAAACUCCUUUCGUGGAUGGAGUGCCAUCAAAGAAGGGGCUGUCAGAGAACAGAUCCGUGUGCCAGAAGAUAGCCGGUUCAAAGAACCAGUCAAAGAGAAGAGUUUGAUCAAACCACGCAUACUCUACGGAACCGAUGUGAUCCCAGAGAAGUCUCCGAGGGAAACAAAAGUUCGUCACUCAGACCCCUCCAUCUCUGUCACUUUUCUAGAAGAGAACGACGUCUUUCUACACUUUGCAGACACACACGACAUGUCCGAACAUCAAAUUGCAAACAAGAGUCUAUGUACUCAAGACGAAGACGGAACCUGGGUGGUAUCCAACAAAGAGUUCCUGUGGGAUUUCAUCCAGGUGACUCUGCUGCCCAACGGUGCAGGUGCCUUCUUUAUGUCAUACCGUUUCCAUGAAGAUGCACACAUAGGGAUUAAUACGCCUCUAUGUGUUCAAGUGUAUCAUGUCCCUUCGUCAGCUGUCCCAGCGUCAUCUUUGGACUCUCUAGAAUGGCAAGAUGUAGCCACACGCAUCGGACCCAAGAUGUACCUGGAACUCGGAGACUCCUACUACUACCACACCACCGUCAGUUUCGGCAUGAUCUAUAACGGAUUCUUUUACGCUAUGGUACAAUCAGGUCUCUGGUUGAGAUUGUGGAUUGAUUUGGAAGCCACUGACGCCGAAGGAGAUUUUGUUCUUGCCGUGAACUCCAAUUUCCCAGCCAUUCGUUGCAGUAAAAUGAAUCCCCAAAUGUCGACACACGUUCGGGGAAACAAAACUAGUGGCCUAGAUAGAUAUUUUGUGCUCCCUUAUCAGAAGCUCUCCUGGAUCGGGGACCUACUCACAGGUGUGUCGUACUGUGGAGAAACGUUUAAACAGAGUCUAGAAGAUCAUUCUUAUCAGAUGGCUCCAUUUUUCGCACGUGACGAUAUGAAUAGCCCUGGGUUCUACAAAUGGCCAGUCAGUAAUUGA